AUGUUUCGAGCAAUCACCAAGAAGAGCGCCAAUGGGCAUGGUGCCGAUUCAAAGGGCACGCUCACGGCGCUGUGGAGCAAGGCCGGCAGCAAGGCGGACAACAAGGAGGCGCCUCUGAGCGAUGCGGCCCCCGAGGGCGCUGCGGAGCCACCCUCGGCCCAGUUCACGCCGGCAGCGGCCUCCAGGGCCAGCGACGAGGCUGCGGCGGCAGGCCAGGCGGCGCCACCCACGACAGGCGGCGACGUGGCGAUUGGCGCCGCGCCUGAGCCUUCGCCCGAGCCGAUCGCUGUUGCCGCCCAGGUGGCGGCCGAGGUGCAGCCGCCGGCCAACCCCGAUGCCCAGCCGAGCAAGGGCACCACCGCCGAGAAGAAGCGCAAGCGCAGCAGCGCCGCCGCCAACAGCGGGUUUAGCGAGGAGCAGCUGGAGCGGCUGCAGGCGCUCUUUGCCCAGAACGAGUAUGCCGGCACUGCAGCCAAGACCGCGCUUGCCACAGAGCUUGGGGUGGAGCUUGUGCAGGUGAGCAAGUGGUUUGAGAAGCAGAGGAAGAAAGUGCGGGAGGAGACGGGCGCGCCGCCCAAGCGCGGCCGCCCCAAGUCGGGUGCAGCCAGCGGCAGCAAGCCGGCCCCGGCUGCUGCUGCCCCAGACAAGGUGGAGCCUGCGGCUGCUGCGGCUGGCCAGGAGGGCGGUGAGGCAGCAGCGGCAGCAGCAGAUGCGGUAGAGGCUGGGGAGGGGCAGGAGGUGGAGGCUAUGGAUGUCGAUGGUGCGGCUGAGGAUGACCAGGCGGCAGCGCAGCAGCAACAGACACCCAGUGCGCCGCCCGCUCCCGUAGCGGCCCCUGCAGCAGCACUAGAGCCUGCGGAGGCAAUGGCAGCCGAUGAAGCAGGCGUCGAGCCUGCCGCAGCAGCAGCGGGUGCCGCACCCGCUACCGAGAUCACGCCUGCCGCCGCCACCAGGCCGGCCGCAGAGGCAGCGCCAGCCACGCAGCAGGCCGUCUCAGCAGAGCGGCCGGCAGCGGCGCCUGCUGCUGCCAGCAGCCCGCCGACCGGCGCGGCCGCUGCUCCUGCCAAGACACCCGCCUCUGUACCGCAGCAGUACAGCCUGUCAACCGAAGACAAGGCCAAGCUAGUGGCUGAUCUGGAAGCAGAGGCGGAGCAGUUGCGUCGGCAGGGCCUCGCUGCUCCGCUGCAGGUGCUGCCUGCCGAUCCUCCAGCCGAGCGCCAGCCGUUUAGCGACGCCCGGCUGGCGGCGGCCGUGGCGGCGCAGCGCGCGCCGCUGUCGCAGCUGGCGGCGGCGGCGCUGCUGCUGUUCACGGCGCCAGAUGGCGAGGCUCCGGUGGAGGAGGCUGUGCUGCGCAGCCGCAUUGUGGACCUGGCGGCCCGCAAGAGCUUUGCGCCAAAGGAGAGGGAUGGCGGUACCGGGAUGGCAGACGCGCUGGAGGAUGGCAGCGCUGCACACCUGUGGCAGUGGGAGCUUCGGGACCACAAGGCAUGCGCCGCCGCAUCUCUGUUGCCUCUGACUGCCGCCUGCUGUGCCAGCUUGUGGUAUCCCUGCAGCUCGCCGAACCUUCCAGCCUCUCCCAGCAACCCCCUGUGCUGGAUCAGCGUGCUUCCAAAGGAGCUUCGCACCGCAGCGCAGCAGACCAAGAAGCGUGCAGCUCGGGUGCAGGAGCGGCUGAGCGCCGUGUGCGCCGCGCUGCGCCUGCUGGGCCCGCACCAGCAGGGCAAGGCCUCCGCCAAGCUCGCCAAGGCGCUGGAUGCGCUGAAGAAAGCCAAGACUCUGGCCCAGGUGGAGGAGGAGCAGCAGGCUGAGCGGGAGGCGGCCACUGCCAAGGAAGCCGCCAAGAAGCAGCAGAGCGCCGGCAAGACGGGGAUGAGUGCCGAGGAGAAGGCACGGCUCAAGGCCGAAAAGGAGGCAGCCAAGGAGGCCGAGAAGGAGCGGGUGAAAAUGGAGAAGGAGGCGGAGAAAGAGCGGCUGAAGGCUGAGAAGGAGGCCGAGAAGGAGCGGGCAAAAGCUGAGAAAGAGGCGGAGCGAGAGAAGGCCAAGGCGGAGCGGGAGGCUGAGAAGGAGCGCAAACACAAGGAAGCAGAGGAGGCGAAGCUGGCUAAGAAGACAGGCUUCAAGGAUGCCACUGUGCUGAAGAAGACAAGCAACAAGUUCCUGUCUUUCUUCCAGGCCAAGGCCACCCCGGGCGGCACCCCCGGCCGCGCCGACGCCAGCGCAGUCACGCCCGUGCAGCCGGGCGCGUCCAGCCAGCAGCAGGGCGGCGCGUCGCAGCUGGGCGGCGGCGGCAGCCAGCAGCAGCAGGGUGCUGAGGGGACCGCCACUGGCAAGCGGGAGAAGGGCUACUGCGAACUGUUCCUGAAGCCCGAGGGCGCAAACCUGCGCAGCCUGCCGCCCCAGCCCUCGGCAGCAGAGCGCAUGGACGCGGCGGCGGGGCAGCCGUUUGCGUUUGAGGCGGCACAGGCGGAGUGGCAGCAGCUGCUGCAGGGCAUGAAGCGGCGCCGCCGCGAGGCGGCAGCGCAGCCCCGCCCGCUGGGCCUGCCGCCUACCUGGGCCCGCAAGUCCAACGCCGUGGAGCUGGCACAGCAGCACCUGGACAAGCUGCAGGAAAGCGGCGCUGACCUGGCCGCCACCCGCACCUGGCGCCGCAAGCUCAUCUUCUUCCCGGCCGACUCCAAGCGGCCGGCCUUCUACGGCUCAUGCACGCCCAGCCCUGCGGUUGGGCCGCGCAGCUACCUGGGCCGGGAUGAGGCGCUUGACUAUGAUGCCAUGAGCGAUCUUGAAUGGGUGGAGGAGCCAGAGGAUGGCUGCUCGCUGUCGGAUGUCGAGGAGGAGGAAAGCGAGAUGGGGGGUGGCGAGGAGGAGGAGGAGCACGACAGCUUCAUCUGCGAAGACGGCUACCUGUCAGAGGAUGAGGGUGUGCGGGUGGAGGAUUUGGAGGGAGACGACAUGCAGGUCGAUGGGGAGGAGGGGCUCCCCGAGGGCGCGGCGGCGGCGGCAGGCAUCGACCCGCAGCGCCUGCUCAGCAUGCAGCAGCUGGAGGUGCAGAUGGAGAGGGCGCGGCGGGCGGGCAAGCCUCUCAUCAUCUCCCGCCUGCCCACCCGCGCCGCCAGCGGCAACCAGCCCAACGGCGCAUUCAUCCAGGCACGCACACCUCAGCUCGGAGACCCGUCCCUCCUGGGUGCCCUGGCGGCAGAGGUGCUGCUGCCGGGCCUGAGGCUGACGCUGCCAGAAGACCUUGCCGCGGAGCCGGCAUCGGGGGCUGCGGGGGCGCCGGCAACAGCCACCAAGGAUGCGUCCCCGGCAGGCGCGUCUCUGGGGCGCUGGCCUGCAUGCCAUGGCGCACGGGCUGGGCCUGGGUUACAUGCCACUGCCGGCGGCGGCGCCACCGGUGACGCAGCCAAGCCGUCUGGCCGUGGCAGGCGCCCCGCGACGCGGCCGGACGACCUCCUGCCAGACCUGCUGCGCAUGGUGCAGGCGGCGCCCAGGAACAACAAGAGCAAGAUCGCCGAGGCUUUUGUGCAGGCGCACGCUGAGCGCGCUGUGACCAAGAAGUGGGUGGGAGACAUGCUGAAGCAGCAUGCCGACUGGCGCGGCACAGUGCAGGGCUACUCCCUCAAGCCCGCAGCCCUGCACCUGGUGGACCCCUUGGCCGGCGCAGCGGCGGCGGCGGCAGCGCUGGGAGCGGCCCCCACCCUGGCCGCCGCCGCCGCGGCAGCCCCUGCUGCGGCGGUUGCGCAGCCGGGCCCCAGACCGGUGGCUGCGGCACCAGCUGGAGAUGGCGCCUUGGGUAGGGCGGGCGCAGCGGCAGCGGCAGAGGCGGAGGAGGCUGGGCAGGCGCCGCAGGACGCGGGUGGCGCUGCGGCUGCGGAGCCCACGCCAGCGGGCAUCAAGCCUGCCGCGCCUGGCAUCGCGCGCUUCUUCAAAAAGGGCGCGGCGGCGGCGGCCACGCCGGCGGUGCCCUCUGCCCUGCGCCCCAAUGCGCCGCCCUCCGACCUCAAGGCUCCCGGCCGCCUGGUGACCACCACCGCUGCUGGGGCUGCAGCAGAGGCGGCGACGCUGGCGGUGCCAGAGUGUGUGAGCGGCACGGCAGACCCGUUUUGGCGCUGCCUGCUGCAGCACAUAGAGGGCGCCGACGGCGCCCCGGGCCAGCAGCCUCAGUUCCUGGCCGCUUUCCAGCCAGCCGUGCUGGCCCGCCUGGCGGCUGGCAUGCCGGCCGGCGUCAUCGCUGCUCUGGUGGCGGGCGUGGCGGCGGCCGCCACCCCCGCCGCCACCCGGGCCGCCUACCUGCGCUGCCUCGAGGCGGCGGUGCAGGCGCUGGCGGCCAUGGAGGCAGAGGCGGCAGGAGACAACCUCUCUGCCUCCCAGCAGGUCUGGCAGCCACGCGGAGCCCCCGUCGCCGCUUCCCUGGCGGAGCUGUGCCGGGAGCCGCAGCUGCUCAGCGGCCUGCAGGCAUGCCUGGAGGCAGCCACCGCUGCAGGCAGCGGCGGCGGCACCGACGCUCCAUCCAGCAGCGGCAGCGGAGCCGCCGCCGUGGCGGACGCCGCCCAGGCGGCCGCGGCGCUGGCGGCUGCGCUGCUUGCCAGCGAGGCGGCCAGGGCGGCGCUGGCGACGGCGGAUCCCGCGGCGGCGGCCGGCGGCGGCGGCGGCCCGCAGGAGCAGCUGGCGGCGCUGGUGGCGGCAGCCCGCGAGCUGGCGGCCUGA